AUGGCUGAAUUUCCUUCUCUCCAGCCUGCCUUUACGGUCCAGGUUGCAAUUGACGCUGGGUUCGCCGUUGGCAGUGCCUCCCGCUUGAACAGCCUGCAGGUCGUGCCCAUGACCGGGGGUACUGUCAAAAGCGCUCCAGACGCUUCCCUUGCCCUUGACGCCGAGUUCGUUGGUACCGGCAACGAUUACAUCCAUGCGGACCCCGACAACAAGCACCUGCGGCUGAAUGCUCAUGGUGUCCUGAAGACCAAGGAUGAUGCCCUACUCUUCAUGCACUACACCGGUGUAGUCACACUGGGACCCGCCGAAAAGGCCGUAUUCGAGGGCACAGCCAAGGAUGGCGCGACACCAUUCGGAAACUCGUUCACCCAUUUCACUUUCGAGACCGGCGAUGAUCGGUACAAGGAGCUCGAGAACCGGGUUUUCGUCGGCCAGGGUCGCUUCGUGGUUGAGACGGGCAAGCCCGUUGUCGUCGAAUACAGAGUCAGCCAGGUUGUCAAGGGCUAG